AUGGCCUCUCACGAAAUCAUCGAAGUUGCAGAAUCACCAAAUUUGAACCAAGGCAUUUCCUUAUGGCGGAAUCCUUCACUUUAUAUUCGCUCAUCCAUCAAAGAGAGAACAUUACAUAUAAAAAAGAAUACAUCUCUAUCGGAAUUAAGUGGCAGUCUCGGAGAUUUAGGCACUUUACUUCCCAUCUUAGUAGCUCUUUCAAUCGCCGGACAAAUUUCUUUGACCGCAUCGCUUAUAUUCGGAGGUCUAUGGAAUAUCAUUAGUGCUAUUGCGGCGGUAGCAAUCUCGAUACAAUUAUCAAUAGGUGAAGUCAUGUCGGCAGGUAUUGGCGUUGGGUCUAUGAUAUUUAUUCUUGGCAUCACUAGAACUAUCAAGAUCAUCGAAAAGUGGACACCCAUUCCAAUCGUCAGGGGUAUUCAGUUGGGUGCAGGCAUAAUUCUAAUCAUAAAAGCUGUCGAUCUGGUUCGAAAAAACGGUAGUUGGGGUGGUAGUUCUUGGAAAUGGGAUGAUAACUAUGAAUGGGCCAUGCUAUCGUUCAUAUUCGUAUUUACAUUUUAUUCAUCUAAAAAAACACCAACGGCAUUAAUUCUAUUUGUUUUUGGGCUAAUAAUCGCAUUUAUAAAAGUCUUUCAAUCUGGUAGCACAUUACCAUCGGCCUCAUUUAAUUAUCCCGAAAUUAUUGUCCCAACCCUAGAAGAAUUUAAAACCGGAUUUCUUAGUGCAUCUCUUGGCCAACUUCCACUGACAGCUCUCAAUUCUGUUAUCGCAUUGUCGGUAUUAGCUAAUGAUUUGUUCCCGGAACGGUCUUCAUUGAACACUGUUGAAAAAAUUUCAAUUUCCGUCGGACUUAUGAACAUUAUUGGAUGUUUUUUCGGCUCUAUCCCAUAUUGUCACGGAUCAGGUGGACUCGCCGGACAAUACCGUUUCGGCGCAAGAUCCGAAGUUAGCGUUUUGAUCCUUGGAUUUUUUAAAUUAGUCCUGGGGAUAUUAUUUGGAAAGACUUUAACCAAUCUCCUAAAUUACUUCCCUAGUUCAGUUCUUGGUGUAAUGCUCUUUGUUUCUGGAGCGGAAUUGGCAUCCGCAGCACGAAAUUUUAUGAACACUUCUGAUGAUAAAGAUGAUGAGGAGACAAAAAAGAAGAAUUUUGCCCUAGUGAUCGUAACAGCAGGAUUAUUGGUCGGCUUCCAAAAUGAUGGAAUUGGAUAUAUUGGUGGUAUGCUGAAUGCUUUUGGUCUAACAGUCCACAUGACACAAGGGUUAACCUUGCCAAGAAAAAGAAAAUUAGAGGAUGAGGAAAUUGGUGAUCGAAAGAAAGGGAAACAAACAUAUCCUGAAGAAUCAGAAGAAGGUCGUGAUAGUCUUGCUGUUAUAUCAGAUGAAAGGUUGAAAUGGAUCACUAAACUUAUAGAAA